AUGAGAGGAAAGAAGGAAUUAUUCAUGCUGAUCACAGGCUUCGUGUUGUUUAUAUUUGACCUGGUCGCAGACAUCGUUGUAGCUGUACGGUAUGGACUUAAAGGCGAACGUUGGUGGUUUGGUUUGACGUUCGUUUUUAUUAUCGUUCCUCUUUUUAUCGUCAAUAUUCUGGCUACCUUUCAAGCAAUUGAGCAUGAAACGUCUGAAGAUCUAAGCAUUUGUUUAUGCUUGGUAUGUUCGUCCAUAUUUGUGCGUUAUAUCGAAGAGUUCAAAUAUUGGAAGCAAACACAUUGGGAUAAUACCCCUUGUAGAGACAACUAUAAGGAAUGCAAUUGUCCAGAUUGCAUACAGUACUGUGAGGGGAUAACGAAGUCUAACAAGUCAACAUGCAGCUUCGCGUGGGUACAUUAUGUAGAGACACUUACAGAGUCUACUCCACAAUGGUGUCUACAGAUUUACAUCAUGUUACGUCAGUGGGAUUUUCCAUGGUUAACCGUUCUCUCAGCCGUGAUUUCCCUGCUUUCUUUAGCAUGGAGUAUUACCGCUCUUGAGAAAGCGAGUGCAAAUAAAAAUAGCCAUAAUUUCACACUGCCAGCCACGGUAUUUUUCACUUCUGAAUUGUUUAGUUUGCUAUCCAGACUUUUUGCAAUUGUAGCAUUCGGAUACGUCUUUAAGGAACAUGUGUUCACAGCACUGGCGGUACAUUGCCUGACGGUUCAUGUUGUCUCAUGGUUGAAUUGGAAAAUCGAUAGCGCAGCUGAAAGCAAGUGUGAGUUGGUAAGAUUCGUUUUUGUAUCCAUUGUUUUCAGCUUUCCGUUCUUGUUACACGUGCCAGAUAAGUUAACCAAAGGUUUUUCAAGUCGACGCUCUGUCCAUUAUGCGUUGUACAGUUUAAUAUCCGUAGAGAACGUUUUGUUCGCAAUCUUGGCGGUGACAAUACCAACACCGGAUGCAAAACAUAUGAGUGUACUGAGACUAAUUGUGCUGUCGUUGGUUAUAAUAGGCGUGGUCCUAGGUACCAUUUUUCACAUAGUGUAUGACAAGCUCCUGAAACCGGAAGAACCAGACGAAUGA